CGUAGCCCACAAGUGAUCAUUUACCGACAUACAACAAAAUGACGCGUCGCGUGCUGUCACAAGAGGCCCAAAAUAUCACUUUUGAGACGAGUGAAGAGGUGGACGUAACCCCAACAUUUGACUCACUUUCCCUCAGAGAAGACCUCAUUCGAGGAAUUUAUGCAUAUGGAUUUGAAAAACCAUCUGCAAUCCAGCAAAGAGCCAUCAAACCAGUUGUAAAAGGCAGGGAUGUCAUUGCACAGGCUCAAUCUGGUACAGGAAAGACUGCCACCUUUUCUAUUUCCAUUCUACAAUGUCUAGACACACAGCUCAGAGAAACGCAAGCGUUGGUGCUGUCUCCAACAAGAGAAUUGGCCACACAAAUUCAAAAGGUUAUCCUAGCAUUAGGUGACUAUAUGAGCGUCCAGUGUCAUUCCUGUAUUGGUGGGACUAAUGUUGGAGAGGAUAUUAGAAAACUUGACUUUGGUCAACACGUAGUCUCGGGGACACCCGGCAGAGUGUUUGACAUGAUCAGGAGAAGAAAUUUGAGGACGAGAGCCAUCAAAAUGCUGGUCUUAGACGAAGCAGAUGAAAUGCUGAACAAAGGCUUCAAGGAACAGAUCUAUGAUGUGUACAGGUACCUUCCUCCUGCAACCCAGGUAGUACUCUUCAGUGCCACAUUACCACACGAGAUCUUAGAAAUGACCAACAAAUUCAUGACAGAUCCUAUCAGAAUCCUUGUCAAACGUGAUGAAUUGACCUUGGAGGGUAUCAAGCAGUUCUUUGUUGCCGUGGAGAGGGAAGAAUGGAAGUUUGACACAUUAUGUGAUCUCUACGAUACACUCACCAUCACACAGGCUGUCAUCUUCUGCAACACGAAGAGGAAGGUUGACUGGUUGACCGAGAAGAUGCGGGAAGCGAAUUUCACGGUGUCGUCCAUGCAUGGCGACAUGCCUCAGAAAGAGAGAGAAGCCAUCAUGAAGGAAUUCAGAUCAGGGGCGAGUCGUGUCCUUAUCACUACCGACGUAUGGGCCAGAGGUUUGGAUGUUCAGCAAGUCUCCUUGGUUAUCAACUAUGAUCUGCCAAACAACCGUGAACUCUACAUCCAUAGGAUUGGUCGUUCAGGUCGUUACGGACGUAAAGGUGUUGCUAUCAACUUUGUGAAGAGUGAUGACAUCAGGAUUCUGCGUGACAUAGAGCAGUAUUACAGCACACAGAUUGAUGAAAUGCCCAUGAAUGUUGCUGAUCUCAUUUAGACUGGAAAAGAGCUACAAAGAUGAUUUACCUUCACCUUCAUGAUUCAAUGUGUCAUCAGUAGUCCAUGCACCCAUCCCAUGAAUCUCUAUUAUAUUCACUGUGCUAUCGGUGGCAACUACCAUGGUAACGGGGCUCAGCAGCCAAUCAGAAUCAAGGUUGCCAUGGUAACAGGGCUCAGCAGCCAAUCAGAAUCAAGGUUGCCAUGGUAGUCACCAUGAUAGCAAAGUUAAAUAUAAGAGUAAGUUUUCAUGCAACAGGACCCAGGCUAGUUCCACACAGGUGGUGCCCACUGCAAAGUUGAUCAUUGAAGCAAAAGAAUUGUCCUCUUUGAUUGUCUCAUAAUUCAAUUACAUUCAAUUCAUUCUGUUCUUGUCUCCUCCGAAAAUAUUUCUGUCAUUAUUAUUGGCACAGUCCUAUCAGUGAAACCGGCUCCAAACAGACGGUCUGAUGAUAGGUCAUUGGAAGUAAUGUUAUCGCUUUGGUCGGGCUGGGGUCGGUUUUUGCCAGUCUAUCUGUGGCGUAACGUUUGCAUUAUUCUGUCAUAACUCUCUGAGUUCUUUGUUGACCUAUAACCUAUAUCAGUGGUCUUGCUGUAUGUGACAUUCUGUCACAUUUAGAUCAUAUUCAAUAAUUUAGUAUUCCACACAUAAAAAUGAGUAUUUCAUCUGCUCAAGGCCAGCAACAUUGGGAAUAAUGUUGCUCGGCAGACAGCAUUUCUUGUGUUUGAAAGUUAGGAAAAUAAAGGAAGAGAUACAAAGUUAGAGGUCUAUUCAAUUUCUAUUUCAAUCUGUCAUUGGUAGAUUUGCAUGUGAUGGAGAAUAGCACUAUUUAAUGUUCAGUCCAUUUAAGUCACAGAACUAACAUUUUGCUCUGUAUACCAUGUAGGUCAAUUAAUAGAUGAAAACUGUACAGUGUUGUAUAUAUAUUUUUACUAUUUUAUCUGUGGUUGAAGAUGUAAUAAGUUCUCUUGUUUCAAGAAGUUCGUCAUUGAAAGGUAACAUAUUUCCCAGGUAAAUCUAAACUAAACAUUUCUAAAAAAUUAUCUUUGUCAACUUUUUUUUAUUUUGAGUGACCCUACAUACUUUUCUGAUUCAGAAAUUUUCAGAAACAUUUUCAGAAACAAGAUAGUCAGUGAAAAAUAGUUAUAUAUGCUAUUUGUAUAUUUUAAAGCAUAGAAAUUAUGAUUUGUUUAUCUUUAGCAAUGAAUGGGUGUUUUGCUGACAGUAUACAAUCUCAUUAGAAGGUUAACUUAAUAUACCACUUCUAAUUUUACAUAAAGGAAAGCCACAUCUAAAACAAUCCUAGGGAGAAGUUUCUGUGCUAUUUUCAAAUUGCAUAGCGGGAGGGAGGGGGUAAAAGUUACCCCCUUUUUUCUGACUCGGUGUCUAAAAUCUUACAAUGGAGAUUACAUACUCAAAUGUCUUAUUGUUCCUGAUCUGUUUGAAUCUAACCCUUUUAUUAGACCCAGAAAAAGAGAUAUCUGUAAUACACAUCUUAGCAUUGUGUCAAUCAGAAAGUGUAGGGUGGGAUGUAUUCAGUUUACAUAGAUGUUUAAAAAAAUAUAGUUAAAAUAGUUGUGUAACAAUCAUUAUAUUGCUGCUGUUGCAAUGAAAGGUUUCAUGAGAUUAUGGAUUUGAUCAAUAUUUUGAAUACCCCCUGUCAGUAGAUUUUUUUUCUUUUGUACAAUAAAAUGAUUUAAAAAGUA